AUGGGAAAUAAUGAAAGUUCUAACAAGGAAGCUCUAGCCAAAGCUAGACUGUAUCAAAUAUAUACGAAUGAGCAUCUUCCAAUAGAUGCAAGAAUCCAUUCCUCAUCAAGUCCUUGGCAGGUUUACAAUGACACUUAAAAGGAACAAGCUAGAUUGAAAAAUAUACCUGAGAAAGAAAUAAGUGGGAUUAAAAAUGAAGUUUCUCCAAAUGGAUCUCUAAACUCAGAAGGAUCAAAUCAGUCUUAGUAGUACUUGACAUUUUUGUUUGACUCAUUGAAUUCUGGAGUAACUAUUAAUUUCUAUCUGGGUUCUCAUGAGAAAAUGAAUCAAGAAGGUUAGAAAAUUUAUGCAGAGUACAUUCCUCUUAAAGGCACUGCUUUUGAAAGAAUGCUUCCUAUCUCAACUAAAUUCCCAGCUGGUGUAAAUCAGGUCUUUCAACCCUAUCAAGUGAUUAUUGAUCUGGACAACUACUUGAUUGAAGGAAACGAUUUCACAAAGGCAUCUCUAUCUUAUUAUCCUCUUGUGAUCUAAAUGGUAAUGAUAGUGGGUUAAUUAUUAGUAGAUAUUAGAGAGAAGUGA